GACAUCAGCGCCUGCCUGAUGCCAGAGCAGCAACCUGCCCUCAGGUGUAGCCUGGGUACUUGGUGCUGUUUUGAGAGUGCCUGUGUUGAGAGUGUCUUAGUGCCUGAGCCCGGGGAAAUGAGUUCACUCCUCCUCUGUCUGCUCUUUGUAGUCUUUUAUGCUGUGCUGAGGCUCGCCAGAUCUGAGGCUUCUCCGAGGAAGAGGAGGCACAGAGCCAAAAAGCAGAAACCGAAAGCUUUUGGGUGCUGUGAGGAAGAGCUGGAGGCUGGUGCAUCCCCAGAGACAUGCUGCCCUGUGCCCCCGGAGAAGCUCCGCUUGGCUCAGCGCCUCAGGCUGGUUGAGAGGAGGGUACAGUGCAUGGCCAGACACCUGGAGGAAGUUCUGAUACCGCCGAGUGUGUCGACAUCUGCCAUGAGCCAGUUCUCCUACUCCUCUAGGGAAUCCACCACCUCUGCCCUCCGGAGUCCCAGCUCCUUUUCCCUGAGAGAAGCCGCCAUGAUUCAGUCAGAGCCCCUCCGCCACACGGGGGAGAUCAUGCCAGUCGGGGGCUGGGAAGGAUCCGCUCAUCCCAUCCAAGCCCAGCCUCUCCCCAGGCCUCCUGCCCACAGCAGACGAGUCCGGGGAGAGCAGACCAUGGGUCUGGACCAGACGUCAGUCCGUGGCUUAGACUUCAACAUCCGCCAGAAACAUCUGCAGAGUCAACUGGGGGCUCCUACCCCAUACACAGAGUCGCUGGCCAAGAUGAUCCCUAACGUCCCUGCUCUGCGCCCACCAGACAGAGACCCCAGGGUGAAGUUCAACAUGAGCAGGGUCCCUUUCCUAAGCCGUGAAGUCCUGGAGGAACUGGACUGUCACGUGCAGACAAAGAGACUCCAGCAUGAGCAGGGCUUACCCCUCACCCCCCAGAAACCCCACACAGCUCUUCUGCCUCCAGCUCCACAAACCCCCAUCCCGGGGGAGCCAUUGCUGGGUGAGCGGGACACCAAGCAGCAAUUGAUAUUAGACACAGAUCGGCCCCAAAGUGGAUUUCCAGCAAAGGUCCCGGAGCCCCUCAGAUCCAACACCAGCCCUCAGCUUGCACAGGCGACCCAGGAGCCAUGUGUCUGCCCCUCUGGAGCCCUGCCUCAAAAGGCCCACAGGAUCAUGGCAUCCCCUGAUGCCAUCCUGGCCAGGCCUGUGCCCACGGUGGUGGUCAAGCUGCAGGAUCACAUUGCUCAGAAAUGCUCAGAGAUCCAAAUGGAGGCGUUCCCAAAGAUGGUGAGAGAGUCGCACAGAGAUGCUCCCCUCGUGAGAGAGACGGCAAUAGCAGAGAAGACGCUCACAGCCACACUCCACCUCUAUAGGAGCGAGUUGAGAAAGCCCCUUACCAGUGUGAGCGGCACCAAAGGGACUGAAGAGAAGCUGGAGCUGCACAUGGAGAGGAAGGUUCUCUUGGGAGAAGGCUCCUGCCUGGGGCCAGGGGCACAGGCAGGUGAGGGCAGGGCUGCACACGACCUGCAGCUGAAACACCUGAUGGAAAUGUUGAGCAGCUCCCGCCCCUUGGCGGGCCAGGUCUCAGUCUGCCAGCAGUGCCGUAAGACAUACCCAGGAAAGAUGAAGGGCCCGCCCCGAGAGGAGAUUUGA